CCUCGUUCUCUUUUCUUCUUCCCAGCAAAUACGAGCGGCAAAAAGGCAGUGGUGGCUGGGCAGUGUGAGAAAGAGUGAAAGGCGGGGGUUUCGUCUCUCCAGCUCCAAGAAUCGCGAAGGCCUGGGCUGUUGGAGAAAGACGGCGCCACCAAAACACUAGCAAAGAUAUCGCUAUCUCCGGCCAAUUACUUCACCGCUACAACCCACGUGUGUAAUUGCCAUUUUUUUGUCUCUCUCUGUUUUAUGUGGAACCCUAGAAUGAAAAUGGAUUGAUUCUUCUGUCUUUGUUCGUGAUGUAACUGAGGCCAUGGUGGUUGCUAGCUUGCUUUUCCUUUCUUGGAUGGUUUCUGGUGAGAUCAAAAUCGAUUCCCAAUAUGAUUGAUUGUCAACAACCAAUUGUCUGUUUCCUUUUGAAUGUCACCAAAACUCUCCCACAUGGUUGUAGUGUACUAGUAGUAGUUUUCCUACCAUCAUUUUUGUUUGUUUCCUUUUGAACGUCACCAUCAUUUUUGGGUUUUGAUUCUUUAAUAUAAGAUAAGAUCUGCCUUUCUUCUUGAAUUUGUUGGCUUUCAUGAUUUAUUAUUGCUCCAAUGGAAAGCAACUAUAUUUGACAAAAACAUGAUGCCCACUGAUUGUGUAUUAAAAGGGUGAAUCUGAUUGUGUGUUAAUUUUUGUUUGUAAAGGCUAUGGCUCGAUUAAGAAGGCAAUCUAAUAGGCUGCAGAAGAGGAAAGUUGUGAAGGCUAUUAGAAUUGUUUUAACCUUGUUGCUUGUUUAUGUAUCUUUGCUUAUUAGGUUUCUUGAGCUAUUAAUGUUGACAAAAUUACAAUCUAAACCACGAAACACUCCCUUAGACAAUAUAUUUGACCGUCAACAUGAUAGAAUGCGCUAUAUGAGACGGGUACUUGAGCUAUCCGAUACUCGUUGCAUUGAUAGUACUAGGAUGGAUAGAAGAAUGUUUAGGAAGUUGUGUCAACUACUUGUCAGUGAGGGAGGGCUGAAACGUUAUGACGAUGUAGCUAUAGAUGAGAUGGUCAUGAUGUUUUUAGUUACAAUCAGACACAACAAGAAGAACAGAACGCUGCAAGUCGACUUUUGUCGCUCAGGCCAAACAAUUUCCAAAGUUAUCCAUAGGGUCCUCCGUGCAAUCCUACGAUUGCAUCCUCUUUUACUACGCCAACCAGAAGCAAUACCAGAAAACUGUAAUGAUGAUAAGUGGAAACACUUCAAGGUGACUAAUUAUUCUCAUUUUCUUUUGAAAGUUCUUAUAAGUUCACCCUCUGUAACUAUCUUAAGAAUGAUACUUUUGUUGUUUAAGGUUGCUUAGGUGCUCUAGACGGGACACAUGUGAAGCUUCGUGUUGGGGUAGAAGAUAAGCCUAGGUACCGGGAUCGCGAAGGGCAUAUUUCCAUGAACGUAUUGGGUGUGUGUAACCCAAACCUCGAGUUCAUAUACUGUUUAGCUGGUUGGGAGGGUUCAGCACGUGAUGGAAAAGUUCUUAGAGAUGCAUUGGCGAGGCCAAAUGGUCUACGUGUUGAGAAAGGUAAUAUGGGUUUUUAGAAGUCUCUGGACAUUCUGAAAAAUAUCCUAAAAUCCACUAAUUAGUCCUUUCCAAUAUGUUUUUUACUUAAUAGGAAAUUACUACUUGGUGGAUGCCGGGUAUAGCAACUGUGAAGGAUUUUUAGCCCCUUACCGAGGAUAAAGGUAUCACUUGAAAGAAUGGGGAGGAGGUAAUAUGCCAUUAACCGCCGAAGAGUACUUCAAUAUGAAGCAUGCUACCGCAAGAAAUGUGGUUGAAAGGAUAUUCGGUAUUUUGAAAAAUCGAUGGGCAAUUCUUCGAGAAACUAGUUGGUUCUCUCCUGAGGUUGUUACCCUAUUAGUGAAUGCAUGUUGCUUGCUGCAUAAUUUCAUCAAGAUAGAGCAGGGAGUUGAUUCAUUUGAAAGAGAUUAUAGGGACAAAGAACCUGAUCAGCAUCCUUCAUCUGUGGUGGAAGAAAUUGAGCUGCUCUCCGAAAUUAGUCCUGCACAACUUUGGACUCGGUUCAGGGAUUCAAAAGCAGUAGACAUGUGGGAGAACAGAAGUAGUAGAUGAGUUUAGGACUUUGGAAAUGUUGUAUUAAAACAUCUAUUUAUAAGUUUAACAUGUAUUUUGUUUGUAUGAAUCUGUAUUCCUAUUGUAUUCUAACUGAAUGUCAAUUUUAGUGCUGCUGUCAAUGGAUGUUAAUGGAUGUUAUUUUUAUUAAAGGCUGCUGCUGUCAAUGUGAAUUUCUGUGCUACUGUAAAUGGUAGUAGAUGGUCCAAUUUUAACAUGUAUUCUAACGAAAGUAGUAGAUGAGUUUAUGUUUCUAUAAAUGGUAUCAGUUGAGAACUUUGUUGCUAUCAAUAUAUGUUAUUUAUGUUAAAGGUGCUGCUGCACUUUUUGCGUUGGCAGUGUAUUAUGUGGUUGAAUGGUUUAUAUAUGUUAUUUAUGUUAAAGAUGUGGGUGCUACUGUGAAUGGUUUUUGUUAAGGAGUGUCUUAUAGGUUUCUUUGUUUGUAGGAUGACAAAAAAAAAGAAAACAAGUCAUCAACGAAGGGGGACCGAUUGAGCCUACUUCUGGUUACUUCUCGUGGGACGAGAAGCUUAAUGCUUUGCUCAUACAAUGCAUGGUGGAGUUAGUUCAGAGGCAUCAGGUGGAGAAUGGAUCUUUCAAAAAUGGGACUUUUUCUGAGCUUCAGUACAUGAUGGAGGAGAGGGCUCCUGGCUGCGGUGUCAGAGUUGAACCACACAUUCGUAGUAGGCAUAAGUUGCUCAAGAAGGACUUCCAUGCUGUGCACUUGCUGCGUAAUCAGAGCGGAUGUGGUUGGGAUAAUGUAACAAAGACACCUACACUGGAUGAUGAUGUCUUUGAGAAUAUUGUAAAGGUUUUCCCAAAUUGCAAAAAACUUAAUAGGAAGCCUUUCCCAUUUUAUGAUGAGCUGUUGAAAGUGUUUGGGAAGGUUGGUCCUGCAAAUGGAAGGAAAACAACACCACACAUUGUAGAGGGACAUAAUGCUGAGAGGUUUAUGGAAGAUUUGAUCAACGAAGGGGUUGAGAUGUCCCAGAGGGCAGCUGCUACUACUUCGACACAUAAAGCAGUUCCUCCAGCAGCAGGGGCUUGUGACGGCAUCAGGAAGAGGGCCAAGAAAACAGAGAAUAAGACGGACGAUGCAAUUGUAGCGGUAGCCGAUGAACUCUGCGGGUUGAAGCCUGUCAUAUCCAAGGCACUUGAUGCUCUUGGAAGCAUCUUAGAAGACCGUGAAGAAGAGACUGGAAAGGAAGCUGCAUUGAUGGCAGAGAUAGGGAAAAUAGAAGGUUUGGAACGCUGCCAAGUUCUCGAUGCUGCUAUGGCCUUGGUGGAGAAUGAUCGUAAGACAAAGCUUUUCUACGCAUUGGACAAUGAGGAGGAUCGAAAGUACUUUAUUCAGAACUUGUUGCGUUGACAAGUUAUGAUGAUGUAGUAGUUGUGUAUGUAGUAGGGAUGUGAAUUUGACUGUAGAAGCUGUGUAUGUGACUCUAGUGGUGCGCCUAGGUAUGUAGGGGUAUAAUUUUCUUAGGACACAUGUAGUAUGGAUGGGAAACUCGCCUCUCUUAUGCAAAGCUAACAGGUAGGAGUUAGUAUGCAGUGGUGAUAGGAAGAGGCUGAGGUAUUUUGCUUUUGAAAGUUCCCCAUCCAUUCCAAUUAUGUGUAUGCAAACUUUGUAGUAUGACUCGGAAUGCUUUGAUAUAUAAUCUACUUAUGCAGCAUGUGUUCUGGUUUUUUUUAUGUGUGCAGUUACUUCUCCUCUCUUUAUAAAAAAUGAAUCAACAU